UGGUAUGAUAUAUAGGAAGAUUGUAAGAUUAUUAUAUAAAUGUAUUGUUGCUGCAGCUCUUAAGACAGAUGCACUAGACGUUCAAAUACAAUACUGAGUACGUACGCUUAACUUAGCAACAAAGACGGGCCGGGCCCUCCGCAGACUUUUGGGUCCAAAGUAAACUAACUCUGGACCACGAUCAUCGCAACGACGGUCAACCUCAUAUGUAGUCGAACCGGGCUCUCCGGCCAGCAACAAUGAACCCGAUGCCUCGCCGAAUCCUCCUGGGCGGCAGGCCGCUAAUCCGGUACUUCACGCAACUCCCCCGGUCCCGCCCCCAGCUCCCCUACCUCCACCACUCCUCCCCGCGCCCUCGCACCUUCUAUGCGCGCCUCCUCACCACCGAGCGCAAAGCAUGGCUCAAGAUGGAGCUCCGCUGGGGCAUCUACGUCCUCUCCUCGGGCGUGCUGCUCUUCAUCGCCGCCUACGGCUUCGAGCAGGAGAAGAUGGAACGCGAGUUCCCAAGCCCGCACGAAUACACUUUCUGGUCGCGCAAACUGUACCGCGCUAAUCGGGUCCACGAUUCGGAGAAACUCCGUGAUGCCGGCGGUGUGAGCUGGCAGUUCAGCGGGGACAGAUACAUGCAGCUGCUGAAGCGAUUGGAGGACCCGGAGAUCGAUGGCGCGGGACUAGUACAACAGGGCGAGGACGAGAGCCAGAUUCUCAUCCCCGGCGUGGGAAGGUCGGGAUAUGACAUUACCGCCAAACCAGAGAACUGGCGUAGAGGCUACUACGAAGCCCUCCUCGGCGCAGCACGCGCAGCCGAAUUCCUCGACUCCUGCACAAAAGACAAGACCCGCGACCUUGUCUUCGCAAAAGUCGCCGUCAUCGGCCCCUCGAACCCAAACCCCCGCCCCCUCCCACCCGGAUGUCCUGCGCCGCCGCACGAAGAAGACUGCGAGCCGGCGUAUUUACCGCCGGAGACGUUCUACAUGCGCAUCCUAACGACAACCGGCUUCACCGACGCCCAGCGCCUCUAUGCCGCGCUCGCCUACGCCUCGUGGCUAGACUACAAGGGGACGCCCGAGGCAGCUGGAGAGAUGUUCAAAUGGGGUCUUGAUAUCGCGAAGUCGGGAAUCGCAGAGCCUGACUCGGUCGUGGAUCCCGUGACACACACUAUAAAGCCGACGGCCGUGGCGCCGUCGCGGAAUGUGCUCCGCGCCACAACGGCAAUGGCAGAGCAUAAGGCGAGGAAUAAAGACCUCGCCGGUGCGCUGCCGAUUUUCCUGUCUGUGCUCCGGGCGCGGCGCGCGUUGCGGCCGGGUCCGCCAAAGCAGGUGGAAGAUCGUGGGGGACUGGUUAAGCAGACUGUGGACUUGGUCAAGUAUGCGCUCAUCCCGCCGGAAUUCCCGCCUCCGCCACCGGAUGGAAAUCUAGCUCCCACUCGGGGGCCGGAGGAGAGAUGCGAGGAGGCGGCGCUGAUGGCGUGGAUUGGGGAGAUUAUGUACGCAUCUGCCUCUGACAUAGCGGGGAAGGAGAGCGGGCUCGCGUGGACGAGAGAGUGUGUUGAUGUUGCGGAGGAGGAGCUGAGGGGGGGUGUUAAGGAGGAUAGAGUGUGCAGACAGUGUUUGCAGACGGGAUUGGAUAAUUGGAGUCAGAUGGUUGGGAAGCUUGCGAAGGAGGAGAAGAAGAGGAGGAAAGAGGGAGGAGGUGCGGUGAAGAAGGGUUGGUUUGGGAGGGGGGAGGAGGUGGUGGAGGAGGGGGUGGGGAGGUGGGAGGCGGAGGAGAGGCUGGUGAGGAUGAGAUUUAAGCGUGCGAGGGAUGUGUUGGAUGUGGAGAAGGUGGACUUGGGCAAGCUGUAUAUUUUUAGAUGAGUAAUGUAUAAGUAAGUUUGUUAAGCUCCCAGCCAGGGGUGCUUCUUCAAUCAGAUGUACUCUUGUAUUGAUCAAGAGUAUUAAAUAUAAUACCCAACCGUUUCGUUAUAUUCAUAAAACAUAUCCAAAGUGCACACUUAACACCACUCUAAUAAAAACACCGAAUCUAAUAUAAAUCCAAAUCCAAAUCCAAGUCCCAAACUACUAACCACCAU